AUGGCGGCGAAAGAGCUGGUAAAUGAUAUGAAAUUAAACGCCGAGAUUCAUCCAGACGGAACCACCCAUAUACUUUCGAACCUGACUACAAAAGAGAAACUCCUGGGCGAAGGGACAUACGGAAAAGUCUGGCUGGAAAGAUGCUCGUCACGUGAAGGCCCUGCGAGGCUGCGAGCUGUGAAAAUGAUUAUCAAACCAACCAACUCUGCUCACAGGGCAUACUGUGAUCAAGAGUUGGAGGCUAUCGCAAAGUUCUCUCAGCAGAAGUAUACAGGACUCUUUGUGAAAUCAUCUGGCUGGUUCGAGAAUGAAGAAUCCAUUUUCAUUGCGAUGGAGCAUAUCGAAUUGGGGGAUCUUGACAUCCACCUGAAGGGUCCCUUACCAGAAAUAGAAGCACGGCAAAUUUCCUAUCAGAUUCUGCAGGGUCUGCAGCACCUUCAUGAUAAUGGGUAUACCAUUAUUGGCAAGGUCAGACCCUUAAAAGCACCGGUUGAUGAAAGGUCUUUGAAUGUGUUUAUUAUGUCCACAAGCCCUCACUGGUGGGUCAAGAUUGGAGACUUCGGUUUCAGCAAACGGCACACGGAAGGCGUUGCUUUGCAAUCAAUGGUCGGUACUUUGCUAUUUUUAGCGCCUGAAGUGCUGAAGCUGUACCCUCCUGGACUCGGGCGGAAGAGGAUUCGAUCUGAUUAUACGCAUACAGCCGACAUUUGGUCACUUGGUGUGAUGACGUUCUACAUGCUCUGCCACGACUAUCCAUUUCCGGAUUAUCACAGUUUGUGGUCAUAUGUCCAGUCUUCCGACCUCCCGUCCGCAACCAAAUUGAAGUCGGUUAGCGAGAGCGCUCGAGAGCUUACAAACUCUCUUUUAGUUGUAGAUGCAACAGUCCAAUUAUCUGCUAAAGAAGCUCUUCAGAGCAGAUGGUUGAAACAAGACUCCUUCGACCCGGUCUCGGGGAUGGCAAGCUUGGCUAUUUCGGAAGAGAGCAUGCCUCGAAAAAGCGCUUCACCACUAGCGAGAAAUAUAAACGCAACAGUAUCAGAUGCUUCAAAAGGGUGGGAUGAGGUAGAGAAAUCCUCUGUUAUAGUCGAUGAAGAACCUAUCCGGAUCGCACUGGAGACAGAGAUCAAACAGGCAUGCUCGCAUUCAAGAACACCAAUGGAACAUGAUCCACUGGCUGAACAACGUUCAACCUUAAGUGCUACCCUCCUUGACUUGCAGGCAAUGCGUGAAAAUGGAGUGUCCUUGAUAGAUCUGGAAAUAUUCUCUGAAGCCGAAACUAUAUGUCGACAGGCCUGGGAGGGAUACAAGCAAGCUCUUGGUGAAAAGCAUAUAAAUACACUUGCAUCUCAAUUCAACCUAGGGACUGCCGUCCUUGCAUGUUGA